GCGUGGAGGACUGCUGUCUGCCGGUGGCUGGUGGAAGUUUUUUAUCAGGAGGAUUCACUAACCUGUCAAACUAACCCUGCGGACUCUGAGGCUGUUCUUAAGGCUGGCUCUAAACAACAUGGCGCCCACCAACCUCCUCCAUCAGUCCGCGGCACGAGCGUCGGCGGGAUAUGGGAGUGUGUUGGAGUCAGAGCUGCGAGCCGUGCUGCAGCAAAGGAUCAUGGUCCUGGACGGAGGGAUGGGGACGAUGAUCCAGCAGCAGAAACUGGAGGAGGAAGACUUCAGAGGAGACGAGUUUAAGGAUCACCCUCGCCCUCUGAAGGGAAACAACGACCUGCUCAGCAUCACGCAGCCACACAUAAUCUACAAUAUACACAAGGAGUACCUGUUAGCUGGAGCCGAUAUCAUCGAGACCAACACCUUCAGCAGCACCUGUACAGCACAGGCCGACUACGGACUAGAACACCUGGCGUAUCGUCUAAACAAAGCGUCUGCAGAGCUGGCGAGGAGAGCAGCUGAUGAUGUCACCAAACAGACAGGCUGUAAACGCUACGUGGCAGGCGCCGUGGGUCCAACCAAUAAGACGCUCUCAGUGUCCCCGUCAGUGGAGAGACCGGACUACAGGAACAUCACGUUUGAUGAACUGGUGGCGGCGUACUCGGAGCAGGUCAGAGGUCUGUUGGAUGGAGGAGCUGACAUCCUACUUGUAGAAACCAUCUUUGACACCGCCAAUGCCAAGGCGGCUUUAUUUGCCAUCGACCUGAUGUUUGAGGAGGGCUUCGAGAGAAAGCCCGUAUUUGUCUCAGGGACGAUUGUGGACCGUAGUGGGCGUACUCUGUCAGGUCAGACGGGAGAAGCCUUCGUUGUUAGUGUGUCCCAUGCUAAACCCUUGUGCAUUGGUCUGAACUGUGCUCUGGGAGCCACAGAGAUGAGACCUUUCAUUGAAGCCAUUGGACAAAACACCUGUGCCUUUAUUAUCUGUUACCCUAAUGCAGGUCUGCCAAACACGUUUGGAGGUUAUGAUGAAACUCCCGUGCUCACCGCUGCACAUCUAAAGGAGUUUGCAGAGGAUGGGCUGGUGAACAUCGUUGGAGGUUGUUGUGGGACGACUCCAGCUCACAUCAGAUCGAUCAGUGAGGCGGUCAGAAGCUGUAGACCCAGAGCUCCUCCAGAUGAUAUUUAUCAGGAUUAUCUGCUGCUGUCUGGUCUGGAGCCGUUCAGGAUCGGCCCUUACACCAACUUUGUAAACAUUGGAGAGCGCUGCAACGUGGCCGGGUCACGGAAGUUCGCUAAACUGAUCAUGGCGGGAAACUACGAGGAGGCUCUGAGCAUAGCUAAGACCCAGGUGGAGAUGGGUGCUCAGAUUCUGGAUAUAAACAUGGACGAGGGGAUGCUGGAGGGAGCAGCCGCCAUGACGCGAUUCUGUAACUACAUCGCCUCUGAGCCCGACAUCGCACGGGUCCCUCUGUGCAUCGACUCGUCAAACUUCGCCGUGAUAGAGGCGGGGCUAAAGUGCUGUCAGGGGAAAUGUGUGGUCAACAGCAUCAGCCUGAAGGAGGGCGAGGAUGAAUUCCUUCAGCGAGCCGCCACUGUCAAACGCUAUGGGGCCGCUGUGGUCGUCAUGGCGUUUGAUGAGGAAGGGCAGGCCACGGACACAGAGCGUAAGGUGGAGAUCUGCACUCGGGCAUACCACUUGCUGAUCAAUAAAGUCGGGUUUGACCCCAAUGACAUCAUCUUUGACCCCAACAUCCUGACCAUCGGCACGGGCAUGGAGGAACACAACGAGUACGCCGUCAACUUCAUCAGAGCCACCAAACUCAUCAAGGAGACGUUACCGAGAGCUCGGGUCAGCGGAGGGCUGUCCAAUCUAUCGUUUUCAUUCAGAGGGAUGGAGGAGAUCAGAGAGGCCAUGCACGGAGCCUUCCUCUAUCACGCCAUCAAGGAUGGGAUGGACAUGGGGAUUGUCAACGCUGGGAAUCUGCCCGUCUACGAUGACAUCAAUAAAGAGCUGCUGUUACUGUGUGAAGACCUGAUCCUCAACAGAGACGCCGAGGCUACUGAGAAACUGCUCAGCUACGCACAGAAUAAUGUGAAAGGAGGGAAGAAGGUGGUUCAGACAGACGAGUGGAGAUCAGGGAGUGUAGAGGAGAGGCUGGAGUACGCUCUCAUUAAGGGUAUAGAGAAGUAUGUAGUCCAGGAUGUGGAGGAGUGCCGGUCUCUGGUCCAGCGUUAUUCCCGUCCUCUCCACAUCAUCGAGGGUCCUCUGAUGAACGGGAUGAAGGUGGUGGGAGAUCUGUUCGGGGCGGGGAAGAUGUUCCUCCCUCAGGUGAUUAAAUCGGCCCGUGUGAUGAAGAAGGCUGUGGGGUAUCUGAUUCCUUUCAUGGAGAAGGAGAGAGAGGAGAUGAAGGCUCUGUCAGGAUCAACUGAGGAUGUGGACCCGUAUCAGGGCACCAUCGUCCUCGCCACAGUUAAAGGAGAUGUCCACGACAUUGGGAAGAACAUCGUAGGCGUGGUGCUGGGCUGUAACAACUUCAGAGUGAUUGAUCUGGGUGUGAUGGUUCCCUGUGAUCAGAUCCUCAGAGAGGCCAUCUCACAUAAAGCAGACAUCAUCGGUCUGUCCGGUCUCAUCACGCCGUCCCUAGAUGAGAUGAUCCACGUGGCCAAAGAGAUGCAGAGACUCAACAUGAGCACGCCGCUGUUGAUUGGAGGAGCCACCACCUCAAAGACACACACGGCAGUGAAGAUUGCUCCUCGGUACUUGUCUCCGGUGGUUCAUGUUCUGGAUGCUUCCAGGAGUGUGGUGGUGUGCUCUCAGCUGCUGGAUGAGGUGGUGAGGGAGGAGUUCUUUGAGGAGGUGAAGGAGGAGUACGAGGAGAUCAGACAGGAGCACUUCGACUCCCUGAAGGAUCGUCGGUUUGUGUCUCUGUCUGAGGCCAGAGAGAAACGUUUACUCAUCGACUGGACGUCCAGCACACCAGUGCGUCCUCAGUUCCUGGGUCCUCGGGUCUUCAGUCACUACGAUCUGACUCGUGUCUGUGAUUUUAUCGACUGGAAGCCGUUCUUUGACGUGUGGCAGCUCAGAGGGAAGUACCCCAACAGAGGCUACCCAAAGAUCUUCAACGACAAGACUGUUGGCGAGGAGGCUCGGCGCGUUUUUAACGACGGCCAGCGUCUUCUGCACCAGAUGAUUGACAGCGGCAGUCUAAGGGGGCGGGGUCUUGUGGGCUUCUGGCGUGCUCAGAGUGAGGGUGAUGACAUCAACGUUUACAGAGAUGAUAUCACAGUCCACAGAGACACCAAACCUAUCGCCACCUUCCACGGACUACGGCAGCAGGUAGAAAAGGUGGACGGCUCUGAGCCCUUUCUGUGUUUGUCGGACUUCGUGGCGCCCGUAGACAGCGCCAUGGAGGACUACCUGGGUCUGUUUGCUGUUGGGGUGUUUGGAGCUGAAGAGCUGAGUCGGCAUUAUCAGGAUCAGGGAGAUGACUACAGCAGCAUCAUGGUCAAAGCCCUCGCAGACCGCCUCGCUGAGGCCUUUGCAGAGGAGCUCCACUGUCGUGUUCGUAAAGAUCUGUGGGGUUACAGCUGUGAAGAGGAGCUGCAGGCCGCCGACCUUCACAGAGUCCGGUACCAGGGAAUCAGACCGGCAGCAGGUUACCCGAGUCAGCCUGACCACACGGAGAAGAACACCAUGUGGAGACUGGCACAGAUUAAUGAGAGGACGGGCAUCAGUCUGACGGAGUCUUUGGCCAUGUCUCCGGCUGCAUCCGUCUGUGGUCUCUACUUCUCUCAUCCUCAGUCGUCUUACUUCGCUGUAGGAAAGAUCUCUAAAGACCAGGUUGAAGACUACUCCAGGAGGAAGACCAUGAGGGUGGAGGAGGUGGAGCGGUGGCUGGGGCCAAUCCUCGGCUACGAUCCAGACCAGUGACACCAGAGCAAGGAUCAGGGACAAGUGAUCCUGGACUGACUGAUGUAGGACCAGGGACUACAGUUUUGUGACUAGGGACAGCUGAUCUAGCACCAGGGACAGCUGAUCCAGGACCAGGGCCAACUGAACCAGGACCAAGGACAAUGUCCAGGACCAGGGUCAACUGGUCAUGAAUUGACUGACUGAUGCAGGCCCAUGGACUACAGUUCCAUGACCAGGGACAACUGAUCCAAGACCAGGGACAACUGAUCCAGGACCAGGAAUACUGACUAUUAACAAGGACUAGUGAUCCAGGAAAUAAUACAACUGAUCCUGGACUGACUGACUGAUUCAGUAUCAGGGACUACUGUUCCAUGACUAGGACUACUGAUCCAGGAUUGACUUAUUGAUCUAGAACCAGGACUACUGAUCCAGGACUACUGAUCCAGGACAAGGGCCUUCUCUUUCAGGACCAAGACUACUUAUCCUAGACUGACUGACUGAUGCGGGACCAGGGACUAGUUUUCCAUGACUUGGGAGAACUGAUCCAGGACCAAGUCUACUGAUCCAGGACUGACUGACCAGGACCUCCUGAUUCUGGACCAAGUCUCCAUUUAGACUAUAAGUCACAUCGUCUCUUUGUUGAUCGGGGUCCUUAUGAGCUAAUUAUUAUUAUUAUUAUUAUUACUAUUAUUAUUAUUAUUAUUAUUAUUAUUA